AUGCUUAACUUACAAUCGAUACAAUUCAUUUCUAACAGCUCACUAAAAAAGUUCAUUCUACAUUACUCAUCAUCAUCAUCAUCAUCAUCAUCAUCAUCAUCAUCAUCAUCAUCAUCAUCAUCAUCAUCAUCAUCAUCAUCAUCAUCAUCAUCAUCAUCAUCAUCAUCAUCAUCAUCAUCAUCAUCAUCAUCAUCAUCAUCAUCAUCAUCAUCAUCAUCAUCAUCAUCAUCAUCAUCAUCAUCAUCAUCAUCAUCAUCAUCAUCAUCAUCAUCAUCAUCAUCAUCAUCAUCAUCAUCAUCAUCAUCAUCAUCAUCAUCAUCAUCAUCAUCAUCAUCAUCAUCAUCAUCAUCAUCAUCAUCAUCAUCAUCAUCAUCAUCAUCAUCAUCAUCAUCAUCAUCAUCAUCAUCAUCAUCAUCAUCAUCAUCAUCAUCAUCAUCAUCAUCAUCAUCAUCAUCAUCAUCAUCAUCAUCAUCAUCAUCAUCAUCAUCAUCAUCAUCAUCAUCAUCAUCAUCAUCAUCAUCAUCAUCAUCAUCAUCAUCAUCAUCAUCAUCAUCAUCAUCAUCAUCAUCAUCAUCAUCAUCAUCAUCAUCAUCAUCAUCAUCAUCAUCAUCAUCAUCAUCAUCAUCAUCAUCAUCAUCAUCAUCAUCAUCAUCAUCAUCAUCAUCAUCAUCAUCAUCAUCAUCAUCAUCAUCAUCAUCAUCAUCAUCAUCAUCAUCAUCAUCAUCAUCAUCAUCAUCAUCAUCAUCAUCAUCAUCAUCAUCAUCAUCAUCAUCAUCAUCAUCAUCAUCAUCAUCAUCAUCAUCAUGA